ACUGUCAGGAAACACCAAAUGCUGAGAGGACUAGGCCAUACUGUCCUUAUGUGAACCGCCUCUUUUCUUUACCAUGUGAAUGUCGGGAUCAUGCAAAGAAUUGUUUUACGAAAGCAUAUUGGAGGAAAAAAAAAACAGCUGUAAGGAUGGGAGGGUAAGACGCACGUAGAAGCAAAGGGAGUGAAGGGGAAGGCGGAUUUGCUUCUUUCUGUGGAUGCAAGUGCAAAGAAAAUGAGCAGCAGCUAAAAUCCAGGCUGGAGGGAGGUGUGACCGGGCUGGAAGGUGCGUGCGUAUUUGGCGCGUCUGCGGCGGAGGAGAGACUGCAUGCGGCCGGGAGAACUUGUCUGUGCGCCGCUCCAUCUGACCUCUCCUCCUUCUCCUCCCUGAAGAGGCACUUGGAAGUGAGGAGAUGUGAAGAAGCUUGAAGUAUGGCAUGCGAAGAUGCUUUCUGCCAAUACAAAGGCGCUGGCGACGACGAUGCACCCCGUUUUUAUGACUCUCUUAUACUUUUUCUCUUUGACGACUUGUGUUAAGAACACCACAGGACAGACAAAGAAGGAUGAAAGGAUCUAUCCGGGGAAUUUUACGCGGAUUUUAGACCGACUUCUAGACGGUUACGAUAACAGACUGAGACCUGGAUUCGGAGGUCCCGUGACCGAGGUCAAGACAGACAUUUAUGUGACAAGUUUUGGUCCUGUCUCAGAUGUUGAAAUGGAAUACACAAUGGACGUGUUCUUUCGGCAGACGUGGGUGGACCGCAGGUUGAUGUAUGAGGGUCCGAUUGAGAUUUUGAGGCUCAAUAACCUGAUGGUGACCAAAGUUUGGACGCCAGACACUUUCUUCAGGAACGGCAAGAAGUCAGUUGCCCACAACAUGACGGCGCCCAACAAACUGUUCCGGAUCAUGAAGAACGGGACCAUUCUCUACACCAUGAGAUUGACAAUCAGUGCAGAAUGUCCCAUGAAGCUUGUGGACUUCCCGAUGGACGGACAUGCGUGCCCCCUCAAGUUUGGAAGCUAUGCCUAUCCCAAAACAGAGAUAAUCUAUACUUGGACCAAAGGGCCCGAGCACUCCGUGGAGGUCCCUCCCGAGUCGUCAAGCUUGGUUCAGUACGAUCUCAUCGGCCAGACGGUCUCCAGUGAAACCAUUAAAUCCAUCACAGGUGAAUAUGUGGUGAUGACGGUCUUCUUCCACUUGAAACGGAAAAUGGGCUACUUCAUGAUUCAGACGUAUAUCCCUUGCAUAAUGACAGUCAUCCUCUCCCAAGUGUCCUUCUGGAUAAAUAAAGAGUCGGUCCCGGCGCGCACAGUUUUCGGCAUCACCACGGUGCUGACCAUGACGACUCUCAGCAUCAGCGCUCGCCACUCCCUCCCCAAGGUGUCGUACGCCACGGCCAUGGAUUGGUUUAUUGCGGUCUGCUUCGCCUUCGUUUUCUCUGCCCUCAUCGAGUUUGCUGCUGUCAACUACUUCAACGCGCAGCUCGAGCGGGCUAUAAAGAAGCCGGCCAAAUGCCCGCCUGUACCUCAAACCACGCCAGUCAAGGUCAAGGACACGGAGGAGGUGCUGCAGCAGAACCCAGACACCAACGGUAACCUGAGGAAGCGCAUGAAUUACAUUUGCCACCAAGACUUGCGCAAUCACCAGCGAGCCCAGUCCACGAGCAACAUUUCAGGAGUGGGGCGAGCCCGACCGCCGAGACCUUUAAACAGCGGCGUCAACAGCAGCUCGCCCACCCUCUCCCGCUCCAGCCCCAAAUCCGAGAGCGUGCUCAGCGAGGCUUCGUCGUCGGAAGUCAAACAGCUUGUGAAAAACACGGCCCUGGCUGCGUCAUCCACGCCAGACGUGACGGUAGGGACGCCGUGCAAGGCGCAAAACGCCGCCGCCGCUUCCUUGCAGCAUCUGCUGGGGCCCAAACUGGAGCGCCUCCAGAUGAUGGGAAACAAAGCGGAGCUCAAACAAACUCCGUGCUCCCAGCCCAGCGCUGCCGGGAUGGGCGGAACCAGCAAAAUUGACAAGUAUGCACGGAUCCUCUUUCCAGUGUCCUUUGGAGCAUUUAACAUGGUUUACUGGGUGGUUUACUUAUCCAAGGACACCAUGGUGGCCAAAGGAGGCUAGACUCUGGCAACAAGCAUGAAGCACCAUUUUGGUUCACAGAUGGGAAGCGAAUAAGGAAUAAAAGCUGCCAAAACCAGAACAGACGUACCUUCAUAUCCCGAGAGAACACAUGUUUUUAUUAACAGCGAGCAUGGGAACAAAUCAACCAAAUUAUGAAAUAUUUCAUUCGCUGUAAGGAUGAAAACUAGCCCACUGGAUGAUGCUUUUCUCCUCUUUUCAUCUUGCUCAAUGUGUAUUUAAAAGUCUUCACUGCAGUCAAGAUAACGCAUGAUAUUUUUCUAUCCUGCAUCUGUGUGGAUGUGUGCACCACCAUUCUAAAACUGUAAAUAGGUUUAUUUGUACGAACUGAUUUGAUUAAUCACAGUGUACUGACAAUUGAAUAUUAAGACCUUAUGAAAGCAAGUCUUUAUAAUGGAAAAAAAGAGUUCAGGGUUUCUGGUUCCGUGACCAGCGUAAAUUCGCGCGAAUGCCGAUUAGACCCGAAGUUGCUACAUUUUCAAAGGGGCACGG